ACAUACUGUGCAUUUAUUUCUGAGAAUUGUCUCACUGGGGAAUGAUGAGCCCUUUGUGUGCAAGGGGUGGUUGGGUCAGUGUCUAGGCGCAGGGAUGCGGCAUUGAGUGAUUGCUCCCAAACUGAUUUGGCACCAGGCCAGAAAGGAAACCCAGCCCAGCUUUCCUGGGUAUAAAGCUCCCUGGUGCUGGGGCUGCUAGUCACUCACAAGCUUCUCCCUGGGUAGAUCCAGAGCUGAUACUUCACCAUGCAGCCUCUCAUCUAUGCAGGGCUCUGCCUGCUCCUCUGCUGCUGCUUCCAAGAUGCAGGGGCGCGUAGGUACACCGAAACCAUCACUGUAUCCAAUGGAGGCCAAUGGGGUGAAUGGGGGGAAAUGGAGUUUUGCCCCCAUGGAUUCGCAAAUGGAUUUGAACUGAAGGUGGAGGCUGAACAAUGGCAUGACGACACGGCUUUGAAUGGCAUUCGCCUGUACUGCACUGACGGCUCCGUCAUCGAGUCCACAGUGGGGCCGUGGGGCGAGUGGACUGGGGUCCAAAGGUGCCCCAACAGCAACCUGAUCUCCUUCUCACUGAGAGUGGAACCGUCCCAGGGAUGGGGCGAUGACACGGCGGCCAACAACAUCCAGUUCAGAUGCUUAGAUGGGACCACGCUGAUGGGCACCUCACAUUCCUGGGGUGAUUUUAGCCCGUGGAGCAAUCGCUGCAGGUCUGGGGGCAUUUGUGGGAUUCAGACGAAGGUGGAGGAAUCCCAGGGCCAUGGGGAUGACACAGCACUCAAUGAUGUGAAGUUCUUCUGCUGCAACUAAACAAGCACCCGUCCCUGCCCAACCCCUAACACCAGCACCUGCCCAUUAAACACCAUUAAAGUUUAGCUCUGCUUUUGAACAGGAA